AACCGCGACGACCGAAGGAGAAAUAUUCAGUAUUGUUCGCAAAAUGACGUAUGUAGCGUAUAAAACCAAUACAUGCACACAGACACACAUACGCGCCUGUACAACGCACACAUGUACAUGCACGCUGAUGAAAAAUCGAAAUCCACUGUUUACGCUUGAGCCUCAAUGAUAUUGGAAAAAGAAGAAGAAGAAGAAGAAAACCCGUAGUUCGUACACACUGUAGUGUUGAUGAAAACAUCGUCGUGAAUAAGCCUAGGCAGGCAGGAGUAUAGGAGGCGAGUGGCAGACCAGUACGGGCAAAAUAGAAGAGCAGUGCGCGCACACACAAAGGCGACACACACGAUAAAAUAAGAAUCGUGCAAGCAACGAAACAGAGGUAGCGUGAUGUCGACAAUGGCGAAAGGAAAACAUUGAAGGGUGCAUGAACAGAGAAAAAGAGAAGAAGAACGACUACGACGACGACAAAAAAAAAACGAAAAGAGAAAUAACGCGACGACAUAAAUAUUUCGGUGGGCUUGAGCAAAGUAGUAAAGUGUCAAAAAGUUUUGCGUUCGUUUUGUGUGGGCUAUUUUGUUUUUGUUAUUUUCGUUUAAUUUCACGUUCCUGUUAAAUGGACACGACGAAAAUUUUCAAAACAUUGACAGACUAUCGAAAGUGACGACGUCGACGACGACGACGAAGAAGAAGGAAAUCAGUGGCCAAAGAAAAUAGAGAGAUAGAAAGCGGAGAGUGUGUGACACAGAAGGAAAAUACAUUUUAGAAUGACAGCUGCAGUUAUGGCUGCCGAUGCUAGUUAUGAUCCAGUUCUGUCAAAAUUAGUGACAUCAUUAAAAGAAGCAGAAAGUUUAUCCAGCGAACAGGAACUGGGUUUCCUGCAAAAUCUACUGGAAUCAAAGGAAAUUAACGCAUUGGUCAAUGUACAUAGCAAAGUUGGGAAAGUGAUCAAAGAUGAAAAAUGUGCACCACUCAUGUCCAGCUCGAUACAGGUAGCAUUAGAAGUGUUGGAGCAGUUAUCACAGCGUUGCCAUAUUUCUCCGUUAUGCAAGGAAAUUUUUUAUUUACUUCAAAAGCCUCAUGUUCAGAGUUUGUUGGCUUCACAUGAUGCAAUAGCACAGAAAGAUUUUUAUCCACACUUGCCAGACAUACCGAUCGAGGUGGAUGAGGACGAAGAAACAGUGAAAAUAGUACAAUUGGUGAAAAGCAAUGAACCACUGGGUGCCACUAUUAAAACAGAUGAAGAAACCGGCAAAAUUAUCAUUGCACGUAUUAUGCACGGAGGUGCGGCCGAUCGAUCUGGUUUGAUACAUGUCGGCGAUGAGGUGAUUGAGGUGAACGGCAUUAAUGUUGAAGGAAAAACUCCAAACGAUGUGCUAACGAUUUUGCAAAAUUCAGAGGGAACAAUUACGUUCAAACUGGUGCCAUCAGAUGGAAAGAGCGGACAACGUGAGAGUAAGGUCCGUGUUCGGGCUCAUUUCGAAUACAAUCCGGAAAAUGACCCGUACAUUCCGUGCAAAGAGGCUGGUUUGGGUUUCACUCGUGGUGAAAUUCUGCAUAUCGUUGGACAGGACGAUGGUUACUGGUGGCAAGCACGAAAAGAAUGCGAACGAACUUCGCGAGCUGGUUUGAUACCAAGUCGAGCGCUACAAGAACGGCGUAUCAUUCACGAGCGCACGCAAAAGGAAACGAACGGAGACACGAAAAGCUCAUGUGCAUCAAUUUGUUCAACACCACCUCCUUCACCCGAUUCAAAUACAAUCACGUGUCGUGGACCAAAAACUAAAAAGAUUAUGUACAACUUAGAUGAAAAUGACGAUUUCGAUCGCGAACUCAUUGCCACAUACGAAGAAGUGUCAAAAUUGUAUCCACGACCGGGUGUCUAUCGGCCAAUUGUACUGAUUGGGGCACCGGGCAUUGGCCGAAACGAAUUGAAACGACGACUGGUUGCCCGUAAUCCCGACAAAUAUCGCAGCCCAGUGCCAUAUACCACACGUGCAAUGCGACCUGGUGAAGUUCCUGGUAGAGAGUAUUUGUUUGUCACCCGUGAUAAAAUGGAGGCAGACGUUUCAGCCGGAAAAUUUAUCGAGAGUGGUGAAUACAAGGGACACUUGUACGGCACAUCAGCCGAAAGUGUUAAGGCGAUUGUUAAUUCAGGGCAUGUUUGUGUACUGAGCCCACAUUAUCAAGCAAUCAAAUCGUUGCGUACGCCACAGCUAAAGCCAUUCAUCAUUCAUAUUCGAACACCGUCAUUCGAUCGAUUGAAAGCGACCAGAGAAGCACAUCGAGCACGAUCCACAUUCGAUGAAUUGAACUCGAGAGGUUUCACGGAUGAUGAGUUCAAUGAAAUGAUUACUUCAGAUGAGCGCAUCAAUUUUUUGUAUGGCCAUUUCUUUGAUGAGGAAAUCGUGAAUGAAACCUUAGCCACUGCCUUGGAGCAAUUGCUUGUGUGCGUAGAACGGGCCGAAACUGAGCCACUAUGGGCGCCAAGUUCAUGGGUGCAAUAAUUUGUGUUCAUUAGACAAUUCACAGAAUCCAAACCAGAAAAAGCAUCAACUUUCUAACGAUGAAAAACCAACCAAACGACCUCUCAUCAUCAUCGGUCAGUCAGAGAAAUUAGUGUCCCAAUUACCUCCGAUUUAUGAUAAAAUUACCCGAAGAAAUCGUUGAAUUUAAAACAAAUAUAUAUAUUUAAAAACAAAUGAUAUAUUAUAUAUAACGGAACAAUUUUAGCGAGAACAACACACAGGUUGUUCAAUUAAUUUCAAUGAUCCCAUCCAAAACCAAAAUAAAUUAAAAAAAAAAAAACAUAAGAAACACACACUUGGGUUAACGUGCAAAAAGAUAUUUUUGUUGUAGUAUUUAACAAAAUUAUAUAUUUCUAGUUUAAAUGGAUAUUGAAUGAAAAAAACACCAACCAAAAAAUAAAAACUAAAAGAAAAACUCCAGAAAAUAUAAAAAAAAUCGACGACAUUUAUAAAUGCGUUGAGCUUGUGUCAGAACAGACGAGAAGUUAAGCAAAAAUACUCACGUAUUGUAAUUGAUGAUUCAAAUUAAGACAACCACAUUAAGUCAAAUCUCAAACUGAGAACAGUUUUUAUUUCAACGGGUAUUUUGCACUCGCCAAUUAAAUAUUAUCUUUCUUAUCCAGUAUGUUCAUUUGAAAGGAAUUUACAUAUAACUAAACUCUUAGAACAAUUACCAUUUCUGCCAAUUCAAUUUCUCCAAUCUCUCUUGAUGAGAGAUUGGAAGAGAAGAGCACAAUUCGUUUAGGAAAGAAAAACUCAAAUUGGUUUUUAAACAAACAAAACAAAUGGAAAAUGCAUCAAUAUUCAAACUGAAUGAAUUAUUUCCUCUUUGAAACCAACAAACAACACAAACAUAGGCACUUGUCGAACCCAAACAUGAAAAAUACUAACGUUUAAAGCAGUUAUUGUAAGCCAUCCAUCGAAGUAAAUAAUAAUCCAGAAAGCUUUACACCAAAUCAAUAAAAUUAAAAAAGAAAAACAACGCUGUAAAGAACAAACUGAAAUAGAGAAUGAAUUACGAAAUGCAACUCUAACGAUGAGUUGAUGUUUAUUUUACACCUAGCAUUGAGAGAGAGAGAGAGAGAGAAAGUGAGAGUGAGUGUAAGCAUGAGAAGUACGCCGUAGUGUCGCUUGAAUAAAAUACUGUAUAUAAGCAUUUUCAAUCGGAAUUUUUAGUGCAAACAUAAACGAACGGAAACCAAUCAAAAUGGAUCACACAAACAAAUUCCGAAUGAAAGUGUCUGCGUCGAAUUUUUACCUCAUCCAAUCUGUAAAAAAAUGUAAAAUUCCAAACUGUUAAACCAUUUUAGAAGUAUAAAAAAAAAAUACUAACAGCAACAAAAAAAAAAACAACAAAAAACAAUCCGAAGAAUUACCAUAUUCAUACAUGAAACCAUACAAUCGAAAGCAACAACAAACAAUUAAUAAAUAAUUAUCCGACCCUACAAUUCAAUUCAAUUUGCAUCCAACUCAGUUUAUCUCAUGCAUUCUAAUCUGUGCUGCAUGAAGAAUAUGGAAAUGAAAUUAAAGACAAAUGAUCUAAUACUGAAACCCGUAUGUUUAUGACAAAUGACAAAGAUUUAAACAUUUCAAUUGUGUAUAUUUAUUUAUUUGACAAUAAAAAAAUUCAAUUGAAA